GGUUGCUGAGCCUGUAGAAUUGCUCCGUCAUCAUUGUUCCAAAGGUCAGUCCCACCCACAGUUACAUUAGACCCUGGGACUGUCUAAUUUCUCUUAUUCUGUGGCUGCCCCAUCGUUCUGCCUCAUCCAACCCAAACGCUUCCUCCCACGCCGCCGAGGUGCUCAUCAUGGUGGAAAAUGUUGUGAGUAUGCUGGGCUUUAUUUCCGACGAGAGGAACAUGAGAGUGCCUGUCCAGCGCUCUAAGAAGACUGCUGGGCUGGCUGUAACUGGGGCCCUGCUUGGUGUCCUCCUUGGCGGCGCCCCAGGAAUGGCUGUUGGCAGUGCCCUCGGGGGACUUGUAGGGGCUGGGAUAUCAAAGCCCUGUAAGCCCGUCAGUGAGAUUAUCCAGCAGCUGUCGCAUAACCAGAAGCAAAAGCUGUUGGACAAGGUCAAGGCCGUCAUCUGCAAUGUGGACAGGAUGGACAAGGCGGAUCUGAUGGUUCUGGUCAUGCGCAGUGAGAGGCUCCAGCAGCAGCUGGCGGACGUCCUGGUGGGUUUCAUCGAGACAGAGCUGAAGACCAAAGUGCAGUCUGGGUUCUAGUCCCUCGGGGCCAGGGGUCCCCAGGAGGGGCAGGGGCUGGGUGCCCACAGAGCCCCGUGUCGCCUUAAACCCGCCACGCCCACCCUUGUCCCCCUCACAGCACACGCAAGCGAUUCACACCAGAAAAUAAACUGUGCUUUUGGCUGACCUGAUGAACAAAA